AUUGGAACAAACAAAAACUUGUUUGCAUCGAAUGUGAAUGAUUAUCUUUGUUGUUGAUUCGUCACUUGAGUUUUGUUUGUUGUUUAUGGAAAAAAACUCUUUUGGUUGCCUGGUUAGUGUUUGUAAUAAAAGCCACAUCAUCAUUAUUAAACCAGAGCGGUGGCAGCGCUGUUUCAAUAUAAAUAAAUAAAUAAAACGUCAGGUGAUUUAUUUCACAUCAUCAGGAUUGUUUGUGAAAAGUUAUUUCUCUCUUCAAUAUCGAACGAAAAAAAAGAUGCUUUCAUCGGAAAAAUAUACGCUCAACAAAGUGAAUAUCGAUGAAUUAAUUUUGGCCAUUGAUGAUGGAUUGAAAAAAUUAUUUGAAAAAUGUCAUGUUACAUGGGAAGAAUGUCCCGAUCUUACAAAGGCACCAUUCAAUCUUGCUGCAUCGGGUUUAUGUGGACAUCCAUCUAUCGCUGAUAUUGGAUCCGUAUCCAAUUUAUCUCCGAUACCCAAACGUACAAAAAUCUAUACAUUUGAACAGAUUGCCCGUAUUGUUACCGCUGAUGAUGAUAAUGACAAGAAAGAUAUUCGAGAUUGUUUCAUGAUCGGUGCCGGUGCUGGACCAUUUCAUAAGAUUGGACAUAAUUGUGAAUUGAUGCCCAAUGUUUUGAUGCAUAAAAAUGGUGAUCAUUUUGAAGUGGUCAAUAAUAAUACCCAAUAUGCAGAUAUUUUCGAAAACGGCUAUCGUCUUGCAAAAUGUGAAUAUCCGGAAUUCGGUCUAAUGGCCAAUCUAUACGUAUCGGAAGGAAAACCAGGAAAAGUUAUCAAAAUUGUUGUGGAAAAACGACUGGGAAAGGAAAAUUUUACCGAAUCAAUUCAAUCUAUUUUACGGGAAAAAUAUCCGAACAAAUCAAUGAGUAUGGGCGGUGUAUUUAUCAUUGAAAAAGGAAAAGCUAAACUACAUAUUAUGCCGGAUUUUGCCAAAGAACCAUUAAAAUCAACUGAAGCUGUUGAUAAUUGGCUACGUUAUUUUGAUAUGGAUCCACCAUUGAUAUGUUUGACAACAUUACAUUCAAAUGAUCCCGGUCUUAAUUUACGUAUGGAACAUACACAUUGUUUUAGUGAUCAUAAUCAAGGUGGCCAUUAUCAUUAUGAUACAACACCAGAUAUUAUUCGUAUAACUGCUUAUCUGAACGUUGCUGAAGCCAUCUAUCGGAUUGAUCGACCAACCGAAUGAAUGAAAAGAAUCAACACCACAACUCUAACAACAGAUGGCGACAAUAGUGACAAAAUAAACAUGAAUUUUUUUUUUCAUUGAAAUGAUAAAUGAAUAAAUGAAUGGAAAAAUUUUCAACAAAAUAAAAUGA